CCCGAUUCCCGAGGGGGGAGGAGACAGAGCUGGGGGCAUCGGCUCCGCUCCUCCCCCCGCCAUGUGAGAGGCGCUGGCCACCUGCCGCUGAGCCCCCUUGUCCAGACACGUGGGGUUGAGUCCGGGUCGCCUUCCCAGCUGUCUGCGCCGCUUCCAUUCCGCUCUCCCCCGCCCGCCCCGUUUCUCCUCUUCUUCGUACUCUUCUCUUCCCCGCAGGGGUGUGCGGCCACCAUGGCGUCCAGCGAGGACGAAGGCGCCAACGGGGGCUCCUCGGAGGCGGGCGAGGAGAAAGAAACGGCCAAGAAGAGGAGACUGGGCUUCCUGGCCACCGCCUGGCUCACGUUCUACAACAUCGCCAUGACCGCCGGGUGGCUGGUACUAGCUAUUGCCAUGGUGCGAUUUUACCUGGAGAAAGGAACACACAAGGGUUUAUACAAAAGUAUUCAGAAGACGCUCAAAUUUUUUCAGACAUUUGCAUUGCUGGAGAUAGUCCACUGUAUAAUUGGAAUUGUACCUACUUCUGUGCUUGUGACCGGGGUCCAAGUGAGUUCCAGAAUUUUUAUGGUGUGGCUCAUCACCCACAGUAUAAAACCAAUCCAGAAUGAGGACAGUGUGGUACUUUUUCUGGUGGCGUGGACUGUGACAGAGAUUACUCGCUAUUCCUUCUACACAUUCAAUCUUCUGAACCACUUGCCAUACUUCAUUAAAUGGGCCAGAUAUAAUUUUUUUAUCAUCUUGUAUCCUGUUGGAGUUGUUGGUGAACUUCUUACUAUUUAUGCGGCCUUGCCCUAUGUAAAGAAGACAGGAAUGUUUUCAUUAAGACUUCCUAAUAAGUACAAUGUUUCUUUUGACUAUUAUUAUUUUCUUCUUCUAACUAUGGCCUCCUACAUACCAUUGUUCCCACAACUCUAUUUUCACAUGCUGCGGCAAAGGAGAAAGGUGCUUCAUGGAGAGGUGUUUGUGGAAAAAGAUGAUUAAAUAUCCCUAUGAGGAAGGUGCUUUUUCAGAAUAAGGAUUUUACAAAAACUCUUUGAUCCUCAUCCUUCUCCACAUUUAAUAACAAGAAUAAACAACAUCUUGAAAUACCCUGGAUUGUAUUAUUGCCUAAAUGUUAACUUGAGACUUCAUAUUUACCAUUUUUUACCUCAAAUUAUGCCAUGCUCUUUUUAAAGGCAAUGAGUUUAUGCAAAUAUCAACCAUAAAAUGUUAAAUUGAUUUUUAUUAUUAAAUACCUAAUAGGCAUCAGGAGUCAUUAGACGUUAAUGUAAUAUGCAUCAAAUAGGAACGUUCCUUUUUAAAAAAAAAGUCCUCGGUCAUCUUACUAAUGUGUUUUCCUUGAAAAAAUGCUUAGUCUUCACAAAUCAAUGUUAAUAAAUUAGUUUAGUGGCUUAAUAUUAUAGGAGUGGGAGUGAGUGCCAUUCAAGUGACAUUUGUCAACUCAAGUAAAUCCAAGAUCAUAAUUGCUUUAAUAAUGUAUUGAUAUUUCUCUAACUCAAUUUGUCCAUCUCUGAAAUAAAGUAUAUGAUCUGUGGUGGCACAGGAGAGACAUAUACUAUUUUCUACAGUAGGACUUCUUUGUGGGUCUAGGGAACUCCUGGAUGAAGAUUACCAAUUACCAAUUACCAAUGAAGUUUUGAAACUAUUUUGACACUUUUAAUCUUAGAGAGUUUCCUGGGUACUGAACAGUUAACUGACAAAUCCAGGCCUUCCUGGCUGUGAGAGGGACUCUGUUUUGUAAAGGUAUAAACAAAAAUGAUAAGUGGUCAUUGACUUGCUUAUAUUGAGGGGUCCUAUGUAAAGGGAGGGCCAGGCAUUUGUGUUAGCUAAGGUUUGACACUUUGGUUCCCCUGAAUUUGAAAGUGGUGCCCACUGGAUGUUUCUGUCCACUGGAGGUUUUAGGCCUUGACUUUAACUCAUGUGCCUUGAAGCAUCAAAAUAAAUGCCUACCUGCCAGGUGAUGUGAAACUCUCUGCAAUUAAAGAGUAUGUGUGUUUUAAAUAUGAUAUUGAUAAGUGCUUCCCCUUUGUCCCCAGUCACUUUGCAUUGCCAGGCAGCUGCCUACCCUGUACCUUGUCAGUUCUACCCCUAAUCAUGGCUUUAGAUUUAUGUGGUCUUUAGUCUUUAAGCUGUUGCUAUCACUUUCUGGAAAAAAAAAUAUGUUUAUUUGGAUACCCCUGAAUAACUUUUCUAUCCCUACCCCCAAAGUUAGAUUAGAACUUUUUACUUGUCUGAUACUUUUUUCUCCUGUUUCUCAGGAAUUAAAAGAGUUAAAAAAAAAAGUAAAAAUAAGUGCAUACUUCCAUAAUAGAACCUUGUUAUAAUUCUAUUAUCAGUUGCUAUACCAUAGUGCCUCUUUUAAGGAAGAAGCACUUUGUAACAAGGUCUUUUGGAUACAUAACUAAACUCUCUUUAAGAAAGACCUUUCCCAUCUUAUUCCAAAUUCUUCUCUGUAUCAAUAGCUGUAAUUUACAUGUCUAUUAGAUAAUUUUUUAAAAAAUUAUUUUAAUUUUUAAGGUGACCCUCCUAAGGUUUUUUUGUUUUUGUUUUGUUUUUUUUAGUGAGGCAAUUGGGGUUAAGUGACUUGCCCAGGGUCACACAGCUAGUAAUUGUUAAACUCAGGUACUCCUGACUCCAGGGCCAGUGCUCUAUCCACUGCGCCACCUAGCUGCCCCAACCCUCCUAAGUUUUUGAUUGAUAUUGAUUCCCUCUCAUAAUAAAGUGAUUUGGGCAACUGUUUGACCUAAUUUAGAGAGAUUCUCAUAUGACUCUGGGGGAGGAACCCUACAGUCAUGGAUUAAAGUUUGGUUUUCAACAUACUGUAUUGUUUACAUUUACAGUCAAUAGAUGUAAUCUUAUUUUUCAAUUUUUUUUGUUUCAUCUUAUAGACCGUCUUUCAAAAUUCUGCAAUGUAUUAGGGAUGUUGGUAUUUCAAAAGCUUUUUUUUUGCCAAUCUUUUAUCUUUUAAAACAAGUUGAUGA